UCUGAUUCACCCAUCGCGGUGGUUUGCUAGCAAACAUAAAACUGAAACGUUAAAGAUCUUUAGACCAAUCUUGUGUAUAUUACUCUUAGUGUUUAGAACAUCAUUAUGUUGACCUAUCUGUUACAUAUCUACUCGUUCAUUUAAAUGCAAUUUGCUUGUUAAAUUAGCAAAUGUGUUACAUUGGUUCUGCACUAGGCUAAUCUCCCGAAGCAUUUUUUAUUUAUUUUAUUUAUUUCACCUUUAUUUAACCAGGUAGACUAGUUGAGAACAAGUUCUCUUUUACAACUGCGAACUGGCAUGAGCUCACUAAACUUGAAGGAGAAAGAAGCUCUGAUGAAAGGAGAGGAAGAAGCUUUCAGGAUGAAAAAGGAGGAAGAGGAGGCUAUCACAUUGAAAGAAGAAGAGGAUGAUAUUACAGUGAAAGAGGAAGAUGGGAAAGAGGUUGUCAGCGUGGAGGAGGAGGUAGAAGCUUUCAGAAUCAAAGAGGAGGAAGAUGCCAUAACAUUGAAAGAAGAGAAUGUAGAGAAAGAAGAGGAAGAACCUUUUAGAGCAAAAGAGGAAGAGGAGGCUAUCUCAAUAAAACAGGAGGAAGAAAACGUUUUGGGAGUGAAAGAGGAGGAGACUGAAGAUCUGAUUAACACCAGAGAGAGACAUGACUAUGGUGGAUCCUCUGGGAAGCCUCAACAACAUCCUGAUGCUGACGAGGAAGAGAAGAGUCUCUCCAGAUCAGAACACCAGAUGGACAACGCUAGCCCCUCCUCCCUCCUGGAGUCCCCAUGUCGUGUCUCUCCCAAUAGCACCUUACUGGUGGGUAUGAAGAGGUUGUCUGUGCUGCUGGUGGACUGCAGGAAAACAACGGGGCUGAGUGGAACUGUGAGAGGAGGAGAAGAGAAGAAAGGAUCAGAUUUGACACAUCAAAGAGAAAGACCAGACUCGGAGGAACCAGAGCCAGGGACGUCCAAACCAGCAAGAAGACACCAGUGCUCCCACUGUGGAAAGGGUUUUAACCGGUUAUGGGACCUGAAACAACACGAGAUAAUACACACAGGGGAGAAGCCUUACCACUGCUCCCAGUGUGGAAAGAGUUUUAACCAGAAAGGACACCUGAUCCAACAUGAGAGAAUACACACAGGGAAGAAGCCUUACGACUGCUCCCAGUGUGGAAAGGGUUUUAACCAGAAAAGCUACCUGAAAAAACACGAGAGAAUACACACAGAGGAGAGGCCUUACCACUGCUCCCAGUGUGGAAAGAGUUUUACCUACUUGUGUAAUCUGAAAACGCAUGAGAGAAUACACACAGGAGAAAAGCUGUACUGCUGCUCCCAGUGUGGAAGGAGUUUUACCCACUUACGUAACCUGAAAACACACGAGAGAAUACACACAGGGGAGAGGCCUUACCAUUGCUCCCAGUGUGGAAAGAAUUUUGCCCACUUAAAUAACCUGAAAACACAUGAGCAAGUACACACAGGUGAUAAGCCUUACUGCUGCUCCCAGUGUGGAAAGAGUUUUAACCAGAAAAGCUACCUGAAAAAACACGAGAGAGUACACACAGGAGAAAAGCCUUACCACUGCUCCCAAUGUGGGAAGGGUUGUAACCAGUUAGGUGACCUGAAACGACAUGAGAGAAUACACACAGGAGAAAAGCUGUACCACUGCUCCCAGUGUGGAAAGGCUUGUAACCACCUAGGUGACCUGAAACGACAUGAGAGAAUACACACAGGAGAAAAGCUGUACCACUGCUCCCAGUGUGGAAAGGGUUGUAACCACUUAGGUGACCUGAAACGACAUGAGAGAAUACACGCAGCAGAAAAGCGGUAUCACUGCUCCCAGUGUGGAAAGAGUUUUACCCACUUACGUAACCUGAAAACACAUGAGAUAAUACAUACAGGGGAGAAGCCUUACCACUGCUCUCAGUGUGGAAAACGUUUUAUCCACUUAUGUAACCUGAAAACACACGUGCAAUUACACACAGGGGAGAAGCCUUACCACUGCUCCCAGUGUGGAAAGAGUUUUAAUCAGAAAAGCUACCUUAAAAAACACGAGAGAAUACACACAGGAGAAAAGCCUUAUCACUGCUCUCAGUGUGGAAAGGGUUGUAACCAGUUAGGGGACCUGAAACGGCAUGAGAGAAUACACACAGGAGAGAAAUCUUACCACUGCUCCCAGUGUGGAAAGGGUUUUAACCAGUUAGGGGACCUCAAACGGCAUGAGAGAAUACACACAGGAGAAAGCUGUACCACUGCUCCCAGUGUGGAAAGGGUUUUAACCAGUUAGGGGACCUGAAACGGCAUGAGAGAAUACACACAGCAGAAAAGCUGUACCACUGCUCCCAGUGUGGAAAGAGUUUUACCCAGUUAUUGAACUUGAAAACACAUGAGAGAAUACACACACAGGGGAGAAGCCUUACCACUCCUCCCAGUGUGGAAAUCGUUUUGAUCAGUUAGGUAACAUGAGAACACAUGAGAUAAAACACACAGGAGAUCAGGAUGUAGGCUGCUGAACAGUAGGAAAGAGGACAGAUUUAGGCUGCUGAACAGUAGGAAAGAGGACAGAUUU